UUCAUCCUCCUCCUCCACUAGCCAAUCUCCGGACUACGCCUGCGCCACUCAUCAUCCUCCACCCACCACCCCACUAAUGUCCCGAAUCCGCCUCCGCCACUGCGCCAGCACGCAGAUGUCGCGCCUCCGCCCCCUCCGUCACAGCUCCUCCUCCACCUCCACCUCCCGGUGCUUGAGAUCCUGGUCUCCGGCCGCCUCCUUUGCUGCAGCCACGGAGCGCGUCCGCGCCGGAACGCUCAGCCCGGAGGACGCACACAACCUGUUCGACGAAUUGCUGCGCCAAGCCACCCCGGUCCCCGAGCGCUCCCUCAACGACUUCCUUAUUGCACUCGCCCGUGCUCCGUCCUACGACGACCGCAGAAGCGGACCCGCUCUCGCAGUCGCUCUCUUCAACCGCGUGUGCCGAGAAGAUGCCGGCCCCCAGGUGAUGUCGCCCACAGUCUGCACCUACAACAUCAUCAUGGACUGCUGCUGCCGCGCACAUCGACCGGACCUUGGGCUUGCCUUAUUCGGCCGUGUCCUCAAAAUAGGUCUGAAGACAAACCAGAUCACCGCCAACACCUUCCUCAAGUGCUUCUGCGAUGCAAAACGGACAAAUGAGGCUGUGGACGUACUGCUUCAUAGGAUGUCUGAGCUUGGAUGUGUGCCUGACGUUAUCUCAUACAACAUAGUUCUGAAGAGGUUAUGUGAAGAUAGCAGGAGCCAGCAAGCACUUGACCUGCUCCAGACGAUGGCGAAACAAGGAGGUGUCUGUUCCCCCAACGUGGUGUCAUACAGCACGGUCAUCCAUGGCUUCUUUAGGGAGGGUGAAAUAGGCAAAGCAUGCAAUCUCUUCCAUGAAAUGGUGCAGCAAGGAGUUAAGCCCACUGUGGUGACAUACAGCUCAGUUAUUGAUGCGCUGUGCAAGGCCCGAGCAAUGGAUAAGGCAGAGCUGAUCCUUCGGCAGAUGGCCGGCAAUGGCGUUCAACCAAAUAAAGUGACAUACAAUUGCAUGAUCCAUGGAUAUUCCACAUCAGGGCGGUGGAAAGAGUCAACUAAUAUGUUCAGAGAAAUGACAAAACGGGGUCUGAUACCAGAUAUUGUUACUUGCAACUCGUUCAUGACCUCCCUUUGCAAGCAUGGAAGAAGCAAAGAAGCUGCAGAAAUUCUUUCUGCCAUGACUGCCAAGGGACAAAAACCUGAUAUCUUCUCAUACUCAAUAUUGCUUCAUGGGUAUGGCAAUGAAGGAUUUUUACUUGAUAUGAUUAAUCUCUUCAGUUCAAUGAAAAACAACGGUAUUGUGCCCAACUGCCAUGUUUUCAACAUAUUAAUAGGUGCGUAUGCUAAAUGUGGAGUGAUGGAUGAAGCUAUGCUCAUAUUUGCCGAAAUGCGGGAACAAGGAGUGACUCCAAAUGUAGUCACCUAUUUAACUGUAAUAGCAGCACUUUGUAGGAUGGGUAGACUGGCCGAUGCUAUGGACAAAUUCAGUGAGAUGAUUGCUGUGGGAAUACAACCUGACAAUGCUGUUUAUCGGUCCCUAAUUCAGGGUUGUUGUAUACAUGGUGAUCUGGUUAAAGCUAAAGAGUUGGUUUCUCAAAUGAUGAACAAAGGUAUCCCUCGUCCUAACAUCGUGUUCUUCAAUUCAGUAAUAAACAGUCUAUGCAAAGAAGGGAGGGUUAUGGAUGCACAAGAUAUAUUUGAACUUGUUAUACACAUUGGUGAGAGGCCGCAUAUCAUUACUUUUAGCUCACUGAUUGAUGGGUAUGUCUUAGUCGGCAAGAUGGAUAAAGCACUCGGAGUACUUGAUGCCAUGUUCUCAGCAGGUGUUGAGCCUGAUGUUGUUACAUAUAACACACUUGUGAAUGGCUAUUUUAAAAAUGGAAGGGUCGAUGAUGCUUUGGCUCUAUUCGCAGAAAUGCUGCAUAAGAGAGUUAAACCUACAACUGUUACAUAUAACAGCAUACUGGAUGGGUUAUUUCGUGCUGGUAGAACUGAUGCCGCGAAGAAAAGGCUCAGUGAGAUGAUCGAAAGUGGAAUAACAGUGAGCCUUUCCACGUACAGUAUAAUUCUAGGAGGACUUUGCAGAAAUGAUUACAAUGAAGAAGCAAUUCUCCUGUUCAAGAAAUUAGGUGCAAUGAAUAUGAAGGUCAAUAUCACAAUAGUCAAUACCAUGAUUAAUGCAUUGUACAAGGUUCGAAGAAGAGAAGAAGCCAACGACUUGUUUUCGGCAAUACCUGCCAUUGGGUUGGUACCUAAUGGUUCCACUUACGGAGUAAUGAUACAACAUCUUUUAAAAGAAGGAGCAGUGGAAGAAGCUGAUAUUAUGUUCGCAUCAAUGGAGAAGAGUGGUUGUGCUCCUAGCUCUCGUUUGUUAAAUUAUGUCAUCCGAAUCUUAUUGGAGAAAGGGGAGAUAGUCAAGGCUGGAAAUUAUAUGUCUAAAGUUGAUGGGAAGAGCAUCUCACUUGAAGCUUCAACUACUUCAUUGAUGCUGUCUCUCUUUUCAAAGAAUGGGAAAUAUCAGGAGGAGAUGAAAUUGCUCCCUGUAAAGUAUCAAUUUUUGACGGAUUUGAUUGAGUAGCUAAUACAUUGCACAUGAGACAAACUUCUCAGGUAGCACAACUGAGUUUCUGCUUCCAUAAAGCCCUCCUAUCCUGCAAGAACUGAUGUUCGAGGCUGCAACCUGACCUUCUCUGUUCAUUCCUUGGUCUUCACUGCUGGACAUGCCAUUGCAGACAAAAAACUGCACUCUCACAGGGCAGAGACGCCGCCAGCAGCCUUGGAUCGAUGCACCGCCUACUUCUCCCUGCUUCAGGCUCCUAUAUAUUCUUAAGACAACAGUCUCAUGGAUAACAGAUGAGUGAUAAGUCGACAAUGAGACCGAUGUAUCAUCUGUUCAUGAGGUGAAACCACCAUCGUGGGACUUUUUGUCUCUUACCCGUGAGUAUGCUUGAAAUUUCUACCUGGAUACAUUGUAUUACUGAACAGUUCCUCUAGAUAAAUUACCCGCGAGAGUGUCGGUUUUGCUGCAUCUGCAGCGUUUGCAUAGCCUGAUGGUCAGCCUAAACUAAACAAAUAGUUUUAUGUGCUUAAAUUCUCAUUGAGAAUACUAGGUUUGCUGUCAAGUUGGAAAGCUUGCUAAUUUGUGCAAAUUCGAUAUUAAGAAACGACGAUGAGCUUUUCUUAUAGCAUAAUGCAAGUAGAAUUUAUGAUUCAGCGGUACUUACUCUCAUAUGGCACCCUAAAACUCUGGCAUGCUGGAAUGGUGUCUGCAAUACAUAUAAAAAUAAAUUAGCAAGGGUCCUUUGUUAGAUAUCUCAUAUCUGUCGAUUUUGCCUUUACAGUUAGAAUUUUUCUAUAUUUGGAUUAUGAGCGUACAUGAUGCUCUCCAUACUUCUGGAAAUCGUAUCUGCAUGCAGCAAGAUUGGCGAUAAUUCAUCUUUGUUGCUAUAGUAUCCCCCUCUGUUCAUAGGAUUUGUUCAUUUGCAAUGUUAUAUUGUACGUACUAGAAUACAGAAAAAUCUCGAGCUGCAUUCUAAAUAUAUAGGGUCUACAUGGCCUGCGAUCUACAUUUUGCAUUCGUAAAUUAUGCUGGCUAAUACGGACACUUCAUUUAUCCAUACAAAAAUUCGUCCAUGGAUGGUCACAACCAUCACUGCCUAUAAGUUAGAUAAAUUAUUAUUUCUACAUAGAGUGGUGCUGGACUACCGGGCAAUGGAGGAUGACCUUUGAGCCUCAUGUGAUCUUGGGCAUUGUUUCGAUAUUCUGACUUGACCUGGAUUUCUAAACAAUGAUUUUUUACUUUAAAUUAGAUUAGGUACUCAAUUACAUUUUGCUUUCUUAGUAUUGUUAGAACCUUAAAUUGGACUGCCUUGGUAUUUAGCUUUAAACGGCAAGUGCAUAUUAACAAACUAGACCUACCUGUCUGCCAUCCAUGCAUGUAAGUGCCCUUUUUUCCUUUCUUUUUUAUUUUUAUUCUGCCUACAACAAAGCUGACCAUGCACUGUCGGGUCCCUUUCCCAUUUCUGAUGCUUAGUUCAUAGACUGCCUUAAUAACUCAAUUGUGCAUCUGCUAAGUGUUCUUUCUUGACUCUUUGCCAUUAAUGAUACACAAUACUAAUGGAGGCAUGAUUGAUAUGUUGAUUCAUUCGUACAAUGCUACCAGGGUUACAUUUUUUUGGACAAGGAGAGGCGCCCAGGCCACCAAUUCUGUUUCAGCUCAAGCACAAUAUACAGAGUGAAUUACAUAGGCUGUAAUUUUUUUGAAUUUAUAGCAGCACAAAUAAGGCAUUGGCUACUACUGUGUGUUCAACAAUUGUAUCUAAAGAUAGGCUUCAAAUUAUUGCGUUUGAGAGCUUGAUGUGCAUAGUCAUGACCAACCCAACUAAGGUCUCUUUAAAUAUUGCAGCCUGUAGUUG